AUGGGGCUGCAGGGCUGCCGGGUGGGGUGGGCGGUGGUCAAGGAGCGGGCGGCGGCGGCAGCGAGCGGAGGGCGCAAGAUCUACGAAUGUUAUCUCGAGGGGGCGAUCAGCGCCGAUCGACACGAGGCCCUGCUCGACCGCCUCCUGGGCCUGUGCGGCCCCGCCGGUGCCGGACGAGGCGACCCAUUAUCCACAUCACCAUCACCAUCUUCUUCUUCGCACAUGGAUGAAGAUGACACCUACGUAGCGCCGCCCGUGGUCCUGCACCACCGGGAGCUGCUGUUCAAGGCGCCGCCGCCCCCGGCCUCGAUGAUCACCACCCAGACCCAGACCGUGGGCGCUGCGGCCGCGGCCGCGCUGGGCGUGCCCACCAACCCCGCGCCCUCGUUCAACGAGCUGCGCGUGCGGUGCCGCCUGGUGCCCUCCAAGCAGGGACCUGCACCCUCGGCCUCCGGCGCUUGGAGCGUGCAUUACAACAGCGUGCCGCUGAUGCGGGAGAAGAUGGCCGCCAACGUGCGGAACGUGACCGAUGUGGAGGUGAGCGACAACAUCAUUGACUUCCUCCGCCUCAUGGGCUACCAAUUUCAGUUUGAGUUCAUCAGAGAGGGCUUCGUCUUCCAAACGCAGCGCAAGAUCACCGUCUCGGUCACCCAGGUCAAGAAGAUUGUGGACAAGGAGGACCUGAGCACGGCCGAACCCCUGGUGGCCGGCACCUGGUUCGUGGAGCUCUCGGCACGCACCGAUGAUUCGAAUUUGAUUCCGAGCGUCGCGGACGAGAUCAACAGCUUUGCCGAUUACCUCAUGCCGCUGGUGGACGUGAAGCGGGUCGACUACCGCCGGUUCUUUGCCACCUCCCUGGCGUCGGACACACUCCCUCAGGCAAAGCGGCCACCAGCGGGGCCACCGCAGCUGGGGCGCGCCAAGGCGCCCGCCGGCGGCUUUCCUCCCACUGGGGCGGGGCGAGGCGGGCAGCCGCCACCACCCGGACAGCAGCAGCAGCAGACCACCAAGCCCACCACCUCCUCUAACGCCCCCACCUCUUGGAUCACCCUCUGA